UCACCAUAUUUCACGACGCGUGUCUCUCUUCAGUGGUUUCUUUCUCGAAAACGGCGUCGUCUGCUUCAGGGUUUUGGAUAUUUAGUUGCUUAUUAGUAUCUUCAUCUUCUUUGACCGGAUAAACUCUUGCAAGUCAAGAUAGAUACUUCUCUUCAAAUCUUUGAAGGAUUGUUCAAAACAAUUGUUAUGUGGAAACUAGCUUCAAAAUCCAUCAAAGAAGGUUUUAGAUCAAAAGAUGAUGUCACAAAACAGAGAAACACUCCUUUAGAUUCGUCUGGAGAUGGCGUAAAGACAACCAAGGAAGAAAGGUUAGAGUGUCCCAUAUGCUGGGAAUCAUUCAACGUCGUUGAGAACGUCCCUUACGUCUUAUGGUGCGGUCAUACCAUCUGCAAGUACUGUCUCUUAGGGCUUCAACGUGCCGUUGUGAACAGAUUCUCAGGUUUUCCUUUCCAGCUUCCUUUCUUCGUCGCUUGCCCUUGGUGCAGUUUCCUCUCUUUAAGACUAGUACGCAACGGAACAACCGUCAAGUUCCCUUCCAAAAACUAUUACCUUUUAUGGAUGGUCGAAACCAUGAACGGCUCUCGCAGCGACGACAACAAAAGGGUCACUCCAGGGGAGAGAAGGUGCGAUGGAGUGACCUCAGAUGACAACCGCGGUUGGUGGAAUGGUCUGACUAGAAGAUGGAGACUUCAUGACUCGGUAUGUAAGUCAAUGGCCAUUGUUGCUCAUAUCUUGGCUAAGUUUCCUUUGGUAGUUAUAUUCCUUUUGGUGGCUUUAUAUGCAAUCCCUGUGAGUGCUGCGGUUCUUGGGGUCUAUGUUUUUGUCACGUUUGCUUUGGCUGUCCCGUCGUUUCUUGUUCUUUAUUUCGCUGUCCCGAGCUUAAACUGGCUGAUCAGAGAGAUCUCAGCCUAAGUCGUUGUACUGUUUUGUUUCCUGAUUUGUAAGAAACAUGAGAGAGUGAAACUAUAGAGCUAAAGUUGUUACUUUACACUCAAUUUAGACAAGAAAGAAGAGAAGAGAAGAUCUUAUUUCAA